CUGUGUUAAAUGCUUCCACUUGGAAGAACUCAUAACCUGGAGACUCAGAUGGUAUAAAAAUCAAAUCCAGGCUCUGCUAGGCCAGUACCAGCGUCAACCAUGGCAAAGCUUAUUCUCCUCACAGGUCUGGCCUUUCUGCUGAAUGCUCAGCUAGGUUCCUCCUUCCAGCUGACAUGCUACUUCACCAAUUGGGCCCAGUACAGGCCAGGCCUGGGACGCUUCAUGCCUAGUAACAUUGACCCCUGCCUCUGUACUCACCUGAUCUAUGCCUUUGCUGGGAUGCAGAACAAUGAGAUCACCACCAUUGAAUGGAAUGAUGUGACUCUCUACCAAGAUUUCAAUGGCCUGAAAAACAAGAACAGCCAGCUGAAAACUCUCCUGGCCAUUGGAGGAUGGAACUUUGGAACUGCCCCCUUCACUGCCAUGGUUUCCACUCCUGAGAACCGCCAGACUUUCAUUGCCUCAGUCAUCAAAUUCCUACGUCAGUAUGGGUUUGAUGGGCUGGACUUCGACUGGGAAUACCCUGGCUCUCGCGGGAGCCCUCCUCAGGACAAGCACCUCUUCACUCUCCUGGUGCAGGAAAUGCGCGAAGCUUUUGAGCAGGAGGCCCAGCAGAGCAACAAGCCAAGGCUGAUGGUCACCGCUGCAGUAGCUGCUGGUAUCUCCAACAUCCAGGCUGGCUAUGAGAUCCCCCAGCUAGCCCAGUACCUGGACUAUAUCCAUGUCAUGACCUAUGACCUCCAUGGCUCCUGGGAAGGCUACACUGGAGAGAAUAGCCCCCUCUACAAAUACCCAACUGACACUGGCAGCAAUGCCUACCUCAAUGUGGACUAUGUCAUGAACUACUGGAAAGACAAUGGUGCUCCCGCUGAGAAGCUCAUCGUUGGAUUCCCUACCUAUGGACACACUUUCAUUCUGAGCAAUCCCUCCAACACUGGCCUUUUUGCCCCCACUUCUGGAGCUGGUCCUGCUGGGCCCUACACCAGGCAGGCUGGAUUCUGGGCCUACUAUGAGAUCUGUACCUUCCUGAAAAAUGGAGCCACUCAGCAAUGGGACGCCCCUCAGGAUGUACCCUAUGCCUAUCAGAGCAAUGAAUGGGUUGGUUAUGACAAUGUGAAGAGCUUCGAGAUCAAGGCUCAGUGGCUUAAGCAGAAUAAUUUCGGAGGUGCUAUGGUCUGGGCCAUUGACCUGGAUGACUUCACUGGCACUUUCUGCAACCAGGGCAAGUUCCCCCUGAUCACCACCCUGAAGGAUGCCCUCGGUCUGCAGAGUUCAAGCUGCAGCGCUCCGUCUCAACCCAUUGUGCCAACAGCUCCUUCCAGCAGUGGAAGUGGAAGUGGGAGCGGGAGCGGGAGCGGGAGUGGGAGCGGAAGUGGAAGCUCUGGAGGCAGUGGCUUCUGUGCUGGCAAAGCGAACGGCCUCUAUCCUGUGGCAAAUAACAGAAAUGCCUUCUGGCAGUGCAUGAAUGGAAUCACAUAUCACCAGAACUGCCAGGCCGGGCUUGUCUUUGACACCAGCUGUACUUGCUGCAACUGGGCAUAAACUUGACCUAUGUCUCCAUUCCCUAGGUUUCUGAACAGUCUCCUUUGCAUUGCAUGUCUUGCUCCUACCUAGAGUUCUGCAAUAAAACCCAUUAGUCAAA